AAAAUUAUAGAAAACACCCACUGCAAAAUCCCCGUAUUGCCUUCUCACUCUCUCCGCCGACGCACUAACGGUUCACCGUCGUCCCGUGGCGACGCCGCUUGUCCGUGCGGAGGUAGAAUCGUCCAAAGCUCUCAGAAGCGACUUCAGUUAUUGAGCUCUGCACUUUCUCGGCGGAGCUCGAUUAACGGCUGUUUCCUAUCUUUUCGCCGUAGCAUCUUUGCUGUGCGUUGGAAUUCAAGAUGAUUGGAUCUCUAAUCACUAGGGGGCUUCUGCUGAUAUUUGGCUAUGCUUAUCCUGCUUAUGAAUGCUUUAAAACUGUGGAAAUGAACAAGCCUGACAUUGAGCAACUUCGCUUUUGGUGCCAGUAUUGGAUUUUGGUGGCUGUUUUGACAGUUUGUGAAAGAAUUGGUGACAUGUUCAUUGGCUGGGUUCCGAUGUAUGCUGAAGCAAAAGUGGCCUUCUUCAUAUACUUGUGGUUUCCUAAAACUAAGGGAACAACAUAUGUGUAUGACUCCUUCUUUAGACCCUAUGUUGCACAGCAUGAGACAGAAAUUGAUCGUAAUUUGUUAGAACUGAGGACAAGAGCUGGAGAUAUGGCAGUAUUGUAUUGGCAGAAGGCGGCGAACUAUGGUCAGACAAGAAUAUUUGAGAUUUUGCAGUAUAUUGCUUCACAAUCUACGCCCACUCGACCAGCUCAGCCACAACAGCAAGGCAGUAGAGUCCAGAAACCCAGUGUGCCACCAAACCAUAGAUCAGCUGCUACAACACAGCCCCAGGAUAGACAACCGUCUUCUCCUGCUUCUAGUACCUCUGCAAGUGAGCAGGAGGACGACACAACGGAAGCAACAGCUCCUUCAGAAGAUCCAAAAGCAGCUACUGCUCCAGCAUCCUUGAACGAACAAAAAACAACACCAACACCAUCACUUGUCCAGAGCAGCAAAACUUCAAGGCCCAGUGAAGUGCAGUUAAUGCAAAUUGAUUCAGUGCCUCCUACAGCAAAUGAAAAUCCUCAACCUCCUCCACCAGACUUGACACUGGAAGAUGCCGUAAGAGUAGUCACACGAGCAAGGUCCAGGAGAACACGUGCUGCAUUAGGUCGCUGAAUAAAGAGUGGUGAUGCGACAUGUAUUUUAGAAGGUAGAUGAAUAGAUAAGUGGAUUAUUAAUGCCAAUGUACAUACUGUCAAUUCCAACUUUGCUAUAGUUUCAUGAUUCAUCACUCGAAAAUAUGAUACGUUCAGUUACCAAUA